UCGACUUCUUGCUCGUGUCUGCUUUGCUUUCGCUGCAGUGUUUGUGAGGCGCAGUUCUUUCUCUCUCGGUAGUUUUGAUCUCGGCUGCUAGAAGAGUAACCAUGAUCCGCAAUCUGUUCACGCGCUCUGCAGGUGUCGUGCCGGCUGCUCUGCGCGCCGGAGCUGUACCCACGCAGCUGCGGUUUUGUAGUGAUGUCAGCUUUGAACACAUCAAGACUCGUAAGGAAGCUGAAGGUCGUGUGGGUGUAAUCGAGCUCAAUCGGCCGAAAUCUCUCAAUGCACUUUGCGACACACUGAUGUACGAGAUCAGGUCUGCACUGAAGUCUUUUGAGAACGACAAGGAAUGUGCCGCUAUUGUGCUGACUGGCUCUAAGAAAGCAUUCGCUGCAGGUGCUGACAUCAAGGAGAUGGUUAGCCGUACGUUUCAGGAGUGCUACACCACCGACAUGCUGGGACACUGGACGUGCGUGGCCGAGUGCCGCAAGCCGACGAUCGCCGCUGUCAACGGGUACGCGUUGGGCGGCGGCUGCGAGCUGGCCAUGAUGUGCGACAUCAUCUACGCCGGCAACAAGGCCAAGUUUGGCCAACCGGAGAUCAAGCUGGGAACGAUCCCGGGCGCAGGCGGCACCCAGCGACUGACGCGCGCCAUCGGCAAGAGCAAGGCGAUGGAGAUGGUGCUCACCGGGCGCAUGAUGUCCGCGGACGACGCCGAGAAGGCCGGCCUGGUGAGCCGAGUCGUGCCCGAGGACGAGCUCAUGGACGAGGCCGUGAAGCUCGGCGUGGAGAUCUCGCAGCAGUCCAAGAUGGCCGUGCGCAUGGCGCGCGACGCUGUCAACUCGGCGUACGAGCUGUCACUGAGCGAGGGCUGCAAGCUGGAGAAACGAAUCUUCUUCUCCACGUUCGCCACCAACGACCAGACGGAGGGCAUGACGGCGUUUGCCGAGAAGCGUGCCGCCAAGUUCACCGACUCGUGAGCAUAGCGUUUUCACGACCAGCUAUUCUCUCACCGAAGUGCUCCCGUUGGGUUCUGCAUGUCCUAUUAGUGUCUGCACCCAUUGGCUGUAGCCAGGCAUGAUGGUGAUAUUUCAACCCAGUGAUGUGCGCCCGGUACUAUUUUCUACCCUUAGCUCACUGUUUUUGUGAAUACAGAUUGGCCACUAUGUGUCCUCUCUUCUAGAGACAUCGAGUUCUUGCUUCGGACAAUGGCUUUUACGCUGCGUAUGCAGGGUCUGCCCUACACGCCGUGACUGCUUGCAUGCAUGCCUUGUUAGCUGAGGAUCAAGCAUUGCCACACGCGCGCUGUCACAUGUUUCUAGGCCUGGUGUUGUGAGUCAGCGUGUCGGAAUGCAGCUUGAUGUGAUACCUCGCCGUGUUGCUUACAUGCAGUCUGUGAACUGUUCUGCUCUGCUACUAUCAGCUUCCAGGGUAGUACGGUUAUCUUUAUCAGCUUUCUCGUGUUAUAUGUCCUACUGGUAGUGCCCUUACCCAUGUUCUCUUUGUGAAGUUUUAAAUCCUGUUCCCAUAGUUACCAGA